UGUUUUCCUUAAAUACUCCGAAUUGUAAUUCGAAAACAAUGUGGUCGUAGAGCUUUUAUAUUACAAUAUUGUGAAGGAAUUCUCAACAUUGGGGCGUGUUGGCGUAAUGUAGGGUUGAUGUCCCUGACGGGUUGGUUACUGAAGAGAAACUGAAAGUGAAGGGAGGGACGAGGCAAGUACAUUUUGAUUUUGUGGUGUUUCGUAGUUUUAUUGAUUCAUGUGUGGCAACAUCCGUAGGCAGUAUGGGGGUGAGAUGCACCAUUAUAACCUUGCUGUUGGUGACUUUGGUUGUAAAGGUCCAUUGCUUUCCUGAAGACCCGAUACAAUCCAGGGAACCAACUGGAGGAGAUAAAUCAAUUACCAGGAAAGACAGUCCUCUGCAGCAAGAAGUUUAUAGUAAUGCAGAGUUCAAGGGCCCAGCUUCUAAGGAAGAGGAAAUCAUAAAAACUUCAACAACAGAACUCCCUGAGGUUUUACCCACACCUGUUGCUGUGACACAAGAAGAGUCUGAUUCUGAGGCUCUGGACAUUGAAAAGAAACUUUCAGUCCCCAAGAAAGGGGUGCCGUCUACGAAGUCAUCAAUUGUUCCAAAGAAAGAGGUACAUUUCACCCCAUCUGUAGUAGCCAAGAAGGGAGCUGACCCAGAAUCUUCCACCCCAUCAGUUUCUCCACGUAAGGGUGUUGAACUGUCACAAGGUAGCUUAGCUCAUAACGGGCAAUUAGCAUUUAGUGAAAAUGUGAACAUCAACACAAAUUUCUCUCAACUAUCUAAUGAUGUGAAUAGCAAAAAUGUUCCCUCAAGAAUCGAAGAAACAAAGAAUAAGACAAAUAUUGAGAAAGGGUCUAAAGAAAAUUUGAACUAUAUUCCAAAUCCUCAUCUUGUUCAAAAAGGAAAGCUAAAUAAUACCUUGCUUUCAGGAAAUGGAAAUUUAACACAAACUUUGUUAUAUUCAGCUUCAGCAUCUCCACCUGCUGUGCAUUCUAAAUCUGGAAAUGUAUCUAACUUUGGUCACUUUAAACCAACAACUACUGAUGAUGUAAGUGCUGCCAGUAGCCAGGGGAGCUAUGCACCCAUUUUUGUAAUUGUUGCCUUAGUUGUACUGCUGGUUGUGGUAGUGGCUGUGGGAUAUCACAGACUGAAAGAUAUUUGGGUGAGGAGACAUUAUGAUUAUGUUGAUUUUCUGAUUGAUGGAAUGUAUGAUUAAAGUUAAGAUUGUAUGACUGAAAUAUACUUUUAUAAAAUCUUUUGAAGUUA